CCCCAGCCCCCCUCCGCUCAGCCCCUUCCUCCUUCAUCGGUGGUUCACAGAGAGGAUACAGCCAGGCGAAAAAUGGGAGUAGAAAUUGAGACGAUAACUCCGGGAGAUGGACGGACAUUCCCGAAGAAGGGACAGCGCGUCGUCGUUCACUAUGUCGGUACUCUGGAAGAUGGGAAAGUUUUCGACUCAUCGAGGUCCAGGGGGAAACCUUUUAAGUUCAAGAUUGGCAAUCAGGAGGUGAUCCGAGGCUGGGAGGAGGGAGUAGCUCAGAUGAGCGUAGGCCAGCGGGCGAAGCUUAUCUGCUCCUCAGACUUUGCCUAUGGCAGCAAAGGUCACCCAGGGAUCAUCCCACCAAACGCCACUCUCACCUUCGACGUGGAGCUGCUUGGUCUGGAGGCUUGAAACUCGCGCCCUCCACUCGCUUUAUUUCCACUCAAAUUUUUAGGGUUGACUCCUGUCCCGGGAACAUGGAGGAAGAUGAUUCCUGCAUAGGACCUCACCUUUUCAUUCUCCUGCCUGUUCAGACUCAUGCUGAAUAAUCUCACUUGCUUUAAACUUGACUCAUUAUUACUGUUUAUGUUAGUCUUUAAGUUAUAGGUCAGCCCAUCCAACGCCUCUCACUCUGUUACUGGUAUAUAUUUAGAUGUUUUGUUUCUUUUUUUGGAUUAAAUUUGACGUUAUCGGCUCUAUUUGCCAUCAGGACCAUGUUUUAGAUAAUUGUCAUCAUUCCUGUGGUUCUUACUCUGUAUGGACAGCUGGUAAUGAACUGAUGCUAAUAAGAUAAGGAUUAAAGAUUCAUUUGUAAUAUUUGCUAUAUGAAAACGAAAAAUCAGAGGCAAGGGAAAAAAGUUUCAACUGGUUGAAGAAAAAAAAAAAAAAAAGGCAGAUUGUUCU